GCGAGCGCCAUGGCCCCCGGCAGCCUCGUCCUCCUCGCCGGCAUCCUGGGCGCCCGGGCGCUGGGCGACCCCGGGCCCCUGGAAGACGUGGUCAUAGACAGAUACUAUAUCCCCAAAAUCUGCCUGCGGGAGGCGCAGAUGGGCGAUUUCAUCCGCUACCACUACAACGGCACCUUUAAAGAUGGCAAAAAGUUUGACUCCAGGGAGCAAACGCAGCGGUGCGGGGCCUCGUGCCGGGCCGCGCUGAUGGGCGCCCACAUCGCCCGCAGCUACGACCGCGACCGCGCCGCUCUCGCCGCCGGCGCUUUAGCGGGGCUGAUCCCCCCGGACGCCACCUUGUACUUCGACGUCGUCCUGCUGGACAUCUGGAACAAGAAGGACCAGCUGCAGAUCACCACCCUGUCCAAGCCCGAGCGCUGCAACCGCACCGUGGAGAGCUCCGACUUCGUGCGGUACCACUACAACGGCACCCUGCUCGACGGCACCCCCUUCGACUCCAGCUACAGCAAGCAGAGCACCUACGACACGUACGUGGGCACGGGCUGGCUCAUCAAGGGCAUGGACCAGGGGCUGCUGGGCAUGUGCGCCGGGGAGAAGCGGAGCAUCGUCAUCCCCCCGUUCCUGCUGGAGCACCUGGAGGUGCCGGCGGCGUGCGGGCGCCGGGCCGUGACGGGAGACUUUGUCCGCUACCACUACAACGGCACCCUCAUGGACGGCACCCUCUUCGACUCCAGCUAUUCCCGCAAUCACACGUACGACACCUACAUCGGCAAGGGCUACAUCAUCCCCGGCAUGGACCAGGGCCUGCAAGGCGUCUGCGUGGGCGAGAGGCGCCGCGUCGUGGUGCCCCCGCACCUGGCCUAUGGGGAGAGCGGCGCAGGGGACAAAAUCCCCGGCUCGGCCGUGCUCAUCUUUCACGUGCUCAUCUUCGACGUCCACGUCAUCGACUUCCACAACCCCGAGGACCCCGUGGAGAUCAAGACCGUGCACCGGCCUGAAGGCUGCAACGUCACCAGCCGCCCGCGCGACUUCGUGCGCUACCACUACAACUGCUCGCUGCUGGACGGCACCCGCCUCUUCUCCUCCAGGGUUUGCAUGGGACCGCCGGGAUCCUGCAUUGGGUUCUCCACCUUCAUCAAGACGCAGGUGGCGGAGGGGAAGGGGCGGCUCAUGCCCAGCUCCGACCCCGAGAAAGUCAUCGCCGACAUGUUCAAGAACCAGGACCGGAACCAGGACGGCAAGAUCACGGCCGAGGAGCUGAAGCUGAAGUCGGACGAGGACCGCGAGAAGGUCCACGAGGACCCGGACGGACGGACGAGGCUGGAGGUGACUCAGGUUCCCAGGGCGAAAGCGAAACCCUCCCAGGCAGCUGCUGGUCCAGAACGUCUUGGUGCAAAACCCUUUGUAGGCAGCUCAGCUGAGACCCGAUGA